AUGCUGAUGACCCUGCCCUCCGUCCUCCUCUCUCCUCCCCCAUCCCCACCACAACAACAACAGCUCUUCCUUUGUCUGGUUUGCACCCCAGUGCACGAGAUAGCGCUGGUGGUGCUAUUCGGUGUGGAGUAUGGUGUGCGGCUGUGGUCGGCAGGGUGCCGUAGUAAAUAUGUUGGCGUCUGGGGCCGGCUGCGCUUUGCCAGGAAGCCUAUCUCCAUCAUCGAUUUGAUUGUAGUGGUGGCCUCCAUCAUCGUACUGGUAGUAGGCUCCAAUGGACAGGUGUUUGCCACAUCUGCUGUCAGAGGGAUUCGCUUCCUGCAGAUCCUGCGCAUGCUCCAUGUGGACCGGCAGGGAGGGACGUGGCGUCUGCUGGGCUCUGUGGUCUUCAUCCACAGGCAGGAGCUCAUCACCACGCUGUACAUUGGUUUUCUGGGGCUCAUCUUCUCCUCCUACUUUGUGUACCUGGCAGAGAAGGAUGCUGUGGACAGCAAUGGAGCCAAUGAGUUCGAGAGCUACGCUGACGCCUUGUGGUGGGGGGUGGUGACCGUCACAACUAUAGGCUACGGAGACAAGGUGCCUCAGACGUGGAUCGGUAAAACCAUUGCAUCGUGUUUCUCAGUCUUUGCCAUCUCCUUCUUCGCCCUACCAGCUGGGAUCCUGGGUUCAGGCUUUGCCCUGAAGGUUCAACAGAAACAGAGGCAGAAGCACUUCAACAGGCAGAUCCCUGCAGCUGCCAUUCUCAUCCAGACUUUGUGGAGGGUCUUUGCUGUGGAGAACCCUGACUCGGCCACCUUCAAGACGUUUGUGAGGAGGAGACCUGCUCUGCCCAGCUCCUCUGUAUCCAGUCCCAAGCCCAAGAAAACGGUGAAGCUGAGGAGGAAGUUGAAGAGCAGUGAGAAGGACGACGGGCCUGGUUCUCCCACUGUUCCCAGUAUCUCCUACGACUCUGUGUUCAAUAGUGGGAGGGAGCUCAGCUCUGACGUCUACAGCACUGUGUAUACAGAUACCCAGCAGUCCUGGACCUCUCUUUCCUCCCUUACAUUCAGCUCGCCACUCCCAGUGAAAAAGACCCCUGGUUUGUUGGAGGUGCAGCCCCCUCGUCCCCUCCAGAGGAACAGCAGCUUUGGGGACGAUCUGGACCAGGAGGACCAGUGUGUUCUGACCCCAGUCACCCACGUGUCACAGCUGCAGGGGACUCACAGAGCAGCCAUCCACGUGAUCCUACGGAUGCGCUACUUUGUGGCCAAGAAGAGAUUCCAGCAAGCACGUAAGCCCUAUGACGUGCGAGACGUGAUCGAGCAGUAUUCCCAAGGACACCUGAAUCUCAUGGUGCGCAUCAAGGAGCUGCAGAGGAGACUGGACCAGUCUCUAGGGAAGCUGACUCUGUUCCAGACUAGCUCAGACAAAGCCAAAGACAAAGGCACCAACACCAUCGGCUCCAGACUCAACAGGAUGGAGGACAAGAUACAACGCAUGGACCAGACACUCAACCACAUCGCAGAGUCCCUUACCCAGCUGUUGUCUGGGACAACACAGGGGCAGGGGGACAUGGGGGGAGCACAGGGGCAAGGUAGGAGGAGGUCACAGGGUGGGGCAGGUGUCCCCAGCCAAGAUAGCCUACCCAGCUACGAGCAGCUCUCCACCGCGACCCUCCAUCCACCCUCAACCCCAGCCUCAGCCAGGACAAGAGCUCCUGAAUCAACCCUCCAUCCACCCCUCAACCCCAGCCUCAGCCAGGACAAGAGCUCCUGAAUUGACCCUCCAUCCACCCCUCAACCUCAACCUCGGCCAGGACAAGAGCUCCUGAAUCGGCCAUCCAUCCACCCCUCAACCCCAGCCUCAGCCAGGACAAGAGCUCCUGAAUCGACCCUCCAUCCACCCCUCAACCCCAGCCUCGGCCAGGACAAGAGCUCCUGAAUCGACCCUCCAUCCACCCCUCAACCCCAGCCUCAGCCAGGACAAGAGCUCCUGAAUCGACCCUCCAUCCAUCCCUCAACCCCAGCCAGGACAAGAGCUCCUGAAUCAACCCUCCAUCCACCCCUCAACCCCAGCCUCAGCCAGGACAAGAGCUCCUGAAUCGACCCUCCAUCCAUCCCUCAACCCCAGCCUCGGCCAGGACAAGAGCUCCUGAAUCGACCCUCCAUCCACCCCUCAACCCCAGCCUCAGCCAGGACAAGAGCUCCUGAAACCAAGAAACACCAAAACCACUUUGGCGCUUUCUCUCUUUGUCUUAUUCUGAGAUCAGUGUUCUUCAUGAUAAUGAACCAGCUGUGUAGUGCUAGGGCAAAAAACUAAAUGUGCACUCAGUGGGGGCCCCAGGACCGAGUUUGGGAAACCCUGCCCUAGAAAAGAACCGUAUAGACAGGAGAUUUAGCAACUCUUGGAGGACAAUCUAAUUAAAUAAAAAUAUUGUUUUUAUUGUUAAAAGUGGAACCAACACGUUUCAGCUUUUGGCCUUCUACUUUAAACAAAGAUUAUUUUUUAUUUAAUUCCAAUGUCCUCCCAAGAGUUGCUAUAUCUCCUCUCUAAUUCAGUUUGCUCCUCAAUUCAUGCACCUUGGUUGUAGAGCGAGGGAGCGGCAGUGCUCCCUUCCCUAGAACAGAACAGUGCCUUAGCCUACAGGACAAGCCAGCUAGAUACACAGACAGGACAUCUUUUUCAUAGAUCCUGGAUAUGAUUAUGUUUCUGAAUUCUCAUUUACUGCAAUUGUCAAUGUUCCAGAGGGAACUUUUCUUGGAAAUGUGAGCAAGCGCCAUAUUCAAACUCUUUCCCCUCAAUCAAAAGGAAAUAAGAUUCAAGUGCAUAUAUAACAUUAUUCCAGCUGUGUAAGAGCAUUGUUACAAUAUCAAAAAGUAACGGUAGUAUUCUAUUUGAUUGAAAUAUGUUCAUAUGCAAAGCAAACACUUCAGUAUAAAGGUAGCUAUGUUUUGAUGGUGAAUAUGGAAUGAUGUCCAUACUAAAAGUAAUCAGUUAUAAUAACACAAUAUGUUUUCAAAAGUUCUC